AUGGGUGGCUACUACUACAUAGUGUUCGGGGACAAGCUGCCCAAAGAAUCGCCAGAGAUGAAAUUAGACCUUCCGAUGAGCGACUGCGAAUUCGGGGACGCAUCGCGGGUCUACAUGCGAAUGGGCUCGCGGCCAGACUCGGAGCCCCGGGCCUCCGGCAAUGUCACCACUUCAUGGAAUGGAACCACGUGGCGAGUGUACGAGAACACUGCAGCGCCCCGCCAGGCUCCCAAGGAAGAGGACAGUACAAUUUUUCCAUUCAUCAAGUUUCCAUCUCUGGAUGUCUUGAACCAAACAGCUGAGCACCCUGAGCAUGUCGCUUUUACGACCAGCAGCAAGCCGCCGAAGGAAGCACCUCCUCCGGACCCCUUCGUCAUAAAGAUCAAGGGCCUGUCAGCCCCUGCUACUACAACUGGCGAGGCUUCGCUUCACAACGACGUGUCCCAAAUCAAGCAGACCUUGCAGGAAGUCUGGCAGGAGAUCCAGACUCUCAAGAUUGCUGGCAGCGGGAAAGUCGGGACUCUGUCUGACGAUGUGCCCUCGGGCUUUGACCCAGAAGAGGAUGUGGUGAACGUCAAGGACUUGUACUUAGCUGGCCGGCUGCACCCAAAGAAGGGACACUUCCAGAUCGAUGCAGAUGGAAGUUCCAGCAUCCAUGAGGAUGGCGUGAACUUGCGCCUUGACCCCGGUACUUUCCCAUCGCCACUUACUGGGAACAAUGAUCUCUACAUGAACCUGGCGGGAUACUCAUGCAGCAAGUUCUGGGGAACGCUGCGCAUUACCAAAGACCGGCCGGAGGGUGCGAAGGGGAUCACCUUUUUCGCUUUCCAGGACAACAAGACCGUGGCUUCAGUGCUGGUCGGUGGCAAAGUGAAACGAGAUUUCGGCUUUCAGUAUCGUCUGAAUCCGAAGUCUAACAACAUGACGAUCCGGGUCCACGACCACGGGACGCCGGACAAGGACUUCUUCGAGGUGGAAGCAUACUUGAGCUGCAAGGUUGACUGCCAGGGGCGUGCUCUGGACACGGACCGAUGUGGCCAUAAUUUGCCUGUGGAGGGAUCAGGUAGCGGAGGCUGCGUGUACGAUUCAUAG